AUGGUCGUCGAACUGGAUGCACCUGCGGAUGCCAAGGCUCCUGCUGAUCGACUCAUCAUCAUAUCUAAUCGCCUUCCUAUAACAAUGACCAAAACUGCAGAAACUGGACGCUACCAAAUGAGCAUGUCUUCUGGAGGUCUGGUCUCGGCUCUAUCUGGUCUCAAGAAGGAAACUUCCUUCAUUUGGAUGGGCUGGCCUGGUCCUGGCAUAACUCGUGAAGAACGUGAACCUAUUCGAGAACAAUUGAUGCAACAGCAUCGUUGUGUUCCCGUCUUUCUGGAUGAUGAAAUCGCUGACAAGCACUACAAUGGCUUCUCAAACAGCAUCUUGUGGCCACUCUUCCACUACCACCCUGGUGAAAUAUCAUUCAAUGAAGACCAUUGGGAAGCGUAUCAGGCUGCAAACCAAAAGUUUGCUCAAGAGAUUGCUAAAAUCGUACAGGAUGGAGACUUGGUCUGGAUUCAUGACUACCAUCUCAUGCUCGUACCGCAGCUAUUACGACAACUUAUCUCGUCAAAGAAGGGUGUAAAGAUUGGUUUCUUCCUUCAUACUCCAUUCCCAUCUAGUGAAGUCUAUAGGAUAUUGCCAGUAAGGAAACAAGUCUUGUUGGGUGUCCUGUCCUCGGACUUGAUUGGUUUCCAUACAUAUGAUUACGCUCGUCACUUCCUAUCGUCUUGCACUCGUAUUCUUGGUCUCCAUACUGCUCCGAAUGGAGUCGACUUCGAAGGCCGUCAAGUACAUGUAGGAACCUUCCCAAUUGGUAUAGAUCCAGAAAAGUUUGCCGAAGGACUACAAAACCCAAAGGUACAAGCUCGUAUAGCUCUUCUCCAAGAAAAGUUUCGUGGCGUCAAGCUACUUGUAGGUGUCGAUCGUCUAGACUAUAUCAAAGGUGUACCCCAAAAGCUGCAUGCUCUAGAACUCUUCCUUGCAAAUCAUCCUGAAUGGUCUGAAAAAGUCGUGUUGGUGCAAGUCGCUGUACCCUCUCGACAAGACGUCGAAGAGUACCAGCACUUGCAAACAGUAGUGAAUGAACUCGUUGGAAGGAUUAAUGGUCGUUUUGGAACAGUCGAGUUCACUCCAAUCCACUUUAUGCAUAAAUCUAUUAGCUUUGAAGAACUUACCGCUCUAUAUGCUGUCGCUGAUGCUUGUAUCGUCUCGUCAACUCGAGAUGGUAUGAAUCUGGUAUCGUACGAGUACAUAUGCUGCCAAGAACAAAAGAAUGGUGUCUUGAUCUUGUCCGAGUUUGCUGGAGCUGCUCAAUCUCUAAAUGGAUCGAUUAUUGUCAAUCCUUGGAAUACUGAAGAAAUGGCUCAAGCCAUCUUGGAUGCAGUCACUAUGAAGGAUGAGGCUCGAAAGUCAAACCAUCAAAAGUUGUGGAAGUAUGUACAAAAGUAUACGGCAGCGUUUUGGGGAUUCAACUUUGUGCAAGAGUUGAGACGUAUCAGUGAAGAGUAUCAGAGUCGCAUGAAUUUGCCCAGGCUUACCAUUGAUAUUGUCACUGAGCGUUUCCGUGCCUCGCAUCGAAAGAAGAUCAUCUUCCUGGAUUAUGAUGGUACCCUGACUACAGCCCAUAAAUUACCUGAAUUUGCCAAACCAUCAUCCUCCAUUCUCGAUACCUUGACCAAACUUGGAUCUCAUCCCGACGUAUAUGUAUAUAUCUUGUCUGGUCGUUCUCGUCUGCAUCUAGAUCGCUGGUUUGCUGAUACAGGUGUUGGACUAUCUGCUGAACAUGGUUGUUUCUACCGCCACCCCAACAAACCUGGUUUGGAAUUUGAGGAAUUGGAUUCUGCAGGUUCUCCCAAUAUGAGUGGGUCAUCAGUACCUUCUCCGUCUCUUCGAGAAGUAGCUGCUCGACGACGUCAAGACGGAUGGUAUGCACUAGUAGACUCAGUCGAUCCAUCAUGGCGAGAAACUAUCCGACCACUCUUCAAACACUACACUGAACGAACACCCGGUAGUUUUAUUGAAGAAAAGGAAGUCAAUAUCACUUGGCAUUACCGCAACACUGAUCCCGAAUUCGGCACUUGGCAAGCCGCUGAGUUGCAGGUGAAUUUGGAAAAGAUAUUGAGUCAUAUGGCUGUUUCGAUCAUCUUGGGCAACAAAACUCUAGAAUUGCGACCUGCAUCCGUGGACAAGGCUACAGCUGCCAGAGCCAUCUUGCGUGACUUGAAUGGGUAUGAUUCAUCUGACGUGGACUUUAUCUUGUGCAUUGGGGAUGGAAAGACAGAUGAAGUGGUGUUCGCGAACUUACGUGAACACCCUCAGGCCAUCACCGCUACUGUUGGCAAGAAGGAAACAGAGGCCAAAUUUUAUUUGGAGGAUGUCUCCAGUGUCUCCUCAAUACUAGGGGAAUUUGCAAAAGUGCUGGCUGAAGAAAAACGAUGA